ACUUAUUACUUAAUAUUACUUACUCUGACUUAUUCUGACUGUAGAGGCUCGUUUCUGCUAAGUAUUCAAACAUUUGAGCGGCCGAAAAACGUUAAGGUUAACCGUUAACCGACAAAUUCUCUACUUUGGCACAGAUCAGUCCAGAGACAUGGCACGACAGAUGGAAGACAGCCAUCGACGGUUCCUACAGACCAUGAUGGCCAAUGGCAUCGUUGAUGAGCAAAGUGCAAGGACGCUCUAUCAAUAUUGUUGUGAAACUCACAACACACAGCACACCCCCGAUAAACUGGAUGAUUUCAUUGAAACCAUCAACUCAAAGCUGCAGCCCAUGUUCAUGCAAGUUAGAAAAGGGAUGUCUGAAGACAACGGUCAGCAGUUCUACGCUUUGGUGAACAUGGCUGAGACUGAUGUCACCAGGAUGUCGUCAGAUUAUGCUGACAAUGAGCUGGAGCUGUUCAGGAAAACGAUGGACCUGAUCGUGUGCUCUGAGAAUGGCAAGGCCUCCUCCACUGAUAUUCUGAACAGCGCCGACACCCUGACCACCAAAAAGCUGAAGAAGAGCGAGACCGAGCACCUCUUGAACCGACUCGUGCAUGACAGAUGGCUCAAUGAGAAACGGGGUGAAUACACUUUGUCCACCAGAUGUAUUAUAGAGAUGGAGCCAUACAUUCGCUCAAUGUAUCAGGACCAGGUCAAAGUGUGCCACAUCUGUCGCAACAUCGCUUUCCAGUGCCAAAUUUGUGAGAAGCCUACAUGUGGUAUAAAAAUACACAACCCCUGUGUGGCCAGGUAUUUCAAAGGAAGAGCAGAGCCGCGGUGUCCAGCUUGUGAUGACUUUUGGCCUCAUGAAAUCCCUGAAGUCAGACGGCCCCGGUCUCAGUCAAAACGAUGAGGACUUCAGCAUCAAAUGUGUUUUUUUGUUUGUUAAAGUUGUUUAGUAUUUUUAACAUAACUUUGUAAUAAACCAAACUGUUAAUAUAAAUGUCUUUUUAUAGUUAUUUUUUACAAAAAUGAAUGAGAAUGUGUUUCACUGAAAUGUCUUUGUUUAUUUACACACAAUCUUCAUGAAAAAACGCCGUUUCUUAUUCUGCUAAUUUUGUACACAAUAUAUCUGCAUCUGAAUGUUUGUUCCGUCCUUUAUUCUUUCCCUGUAGUCAUUUUCAGAUUGCUCCCUUCUAUAUGCCACUUUAAGCUGAAUUAUUAAGAACAUAACAAAGCUUCUCAAAAUGUAAUGUUAAAACACUUUUUGUUUCAUCCAUGAUAAUUCUCUCCAACAAGAUUCUGCAUCUGACAGAUCAGGCCAUAACCACUGGAAACAGAAAUCAUAAAGUCUGCUGUUAAACAUUUUUUCAAAGUGGUUAUGGUUUGAAUUAUAUUAGUUUUGCAUCGCUGAUGAAUCCAUACAUGUAUAAUUCACACGUUAACUUGAUAAUCCUGUGUUUGAAUGGAAUUACUGAGAUAGUGAUUAAAUACAUUUCACAAUUUGA